UCACAUCUCAGUCAGUACCUAGCAGAGCUGCUGGUGCCUCUACAGAACAUCUCCUGAGCACUGCCCCUGGCUGAGCAAGGCGAGGCACCAAGCUGGGGACGCCCCAGCCACGGGCCCCACCUCGGGCCCAAAGCUGAGUCUUGCCUCCUGACUUGAUCCUCCUGGAGAAGUGACUCCCCAAGACGAGUCACUGCGUGACCUUACAGCCUCUUUCUAUGACUCGGUCUGCAUUUGGCUGGCUGUGGGGACAAGCUUGGAGGGGCUGCCUGGGUCUCAGUGCGGCGGCGGCGGCCAGCUCUCCAGCCACCGUGGUGGAUGCCGGGAACUGAGGGGACAGCCUCUGCAGCCUCAGGGGAGGCACUAGGGGCGGGAUGGAGAACAAAGCCACGUACCUGAACACAGUGAGCGACCGCGACACCGGCUCCAUCUUCGAGGAGCCCUUUGACGGCAGGAGCCUGUCCAAGCUGAACCUGUGUGAGGAUGGUCCGUGCCAGAGACGACGGGCAGGCGGCUGCUGCGCCCAGCUGGGCUCGCUGUCAGCCCUGAAGCAUGCUGUCCUUGGGCUCUACCUGCUGGUCUCCCUGAUUAUCGUGGGCAUCUUCAUCUUAGCAGUGUCCAGGCCCCGGAGCUCCCCAGACGACCUGAAGGUGUUGACUCGCAAUGUGAACCGGCUGAACGAGAGCUUCAGGGACUUGCAGCUACGGCUGCUGCAGACUCCGCUGCAGGUGGACCUGACCGAGCAGGUGUGGAAGGUGCAGGAUGCGCUCCAGAACCAGUCAGACUUGCUGCUAGCACUGGCGGGUGCAGUGCAGCGGCUGGAGGGCACGCUGUGGGGGCUGCAGGCACAGGCGGUUCAGACGGAGCAGGCGGUGGCCCUGCUGCGGGACCGCACGGGCCAGCAGAGCGACUCUGCGCAGCUGGAGCUCUACCAGCUGCAAGUGGAGAGCAACCAAAGCCAGCUGCUGUUGCGGCGCCACGCUGGCCUGCUGGAUGGGCUGGCGCGCAGGGUGGGCGUCCUGGGCGAGGAGCUGGCCGACGUGGGUGGCGCGCUGCGUGGCCUCAACUACAGCCUGUCCUACGAUGUGGCCCUCCACAACACGCGACUGCAGGACCUGCAGGUGUUGGUGAGCAAUGCCAGCGAGGACACGCGCCGCAUGCGUCUGGCGCACAUGGGCAUGGAGCUGCAGCUCAAGCAGGAGCUGGCCAUGCUCAACACCAUCACCGAGGACCUGCGCCUCAAGGACUGGGAGCACUCCAUUGCUCUGAGGAACAUCUCCCUCGCCAAAGGACCACCGGGCCCCAAAGGGGAUCAGGGCGAUGAAGGGAAGGAAGGCGAGCCUGGAUUCCCGGGAUUACCUGGACUGCGAGGUCUACCUGGCGAGAGAGGAACCCCAGGACUGCCUGGCCCCAAGGGCGAUGAUGGGCGGCCAGGAGCCACAGGAGCCAUGGGCUUGCACGGGUUCAAAGGUGACCGAGGCCCAAAAGGAGAAAAAGGAGAGAAAGGAGACAGAGCACGGGACGCCAGUGGCUUGGAGGUGUUGAUGGUGCGGCUGGUGAACGGCUCGGGCCCACACGAGGGCCGAGUGGAGGUGUACCACGACCGGCUCUGGGGCACCGUGUGCGACGACGGCUGGGACAAGAAGGACGGGGACGUGGUGUGCCGCAUGCUGGGCUUCCCUGGCGUAGAAGAGGUGUCCCGGACAGCUCGCUUCGGGCAAGGCACAGGGAAGAUUUGGAUGGAUGAUGUUGCCUGCAAGGGCUCAGAGACUACCAUCUUCCGCUGCACCUUCUCCAAAUGGGGGGUGACAAACUGCGGGCAUGCUGAGGAUGCUGGGGUGACAUGCAUCAGAGAGUGAAAGUGGACACAGCCAAGGUCCGGACCCUACUGACCAGCCUCCUUCCUGCUUUUCUGGGGCGGGGGCAUCGCUUUGGGCUCCCCUGAUCAUGCCUCUGCCCUGCCCAGCACAGAGUCCCCCUAGCCUUUGUUCCUAUCCGGGGGCUGCAGUGGCCUAUUGCCAUUCUCCUCUUGGACAUUUGCUCCAAGCUGGAACUCUGGGAUCUACUGCCUGCUUCUCCCUUCCACCAGAGUUCCUGAAUGGGGAGCCCUGGUCAGCUGGGUUGCCAUUUCCCCCAGCCUUCUAAACGCCAUGCAUCACGCCUCAAUAUGCACGUUCCCUGUGGUCUGUGAGUUGCAGAUGAAUGCUGAGACGGUGUUGGAGACAAAGGCCGCAGUGGAGAUGGCAGGGAGGCAUGGCAGCAUUCACUCCUCACAUAACUCCCAAACCUCAGUUCAGCCAAGAGUGUUGACGUCCUCCUUCCCGGCAAGAGACAAUACUGAAUGCCUCCUUUUCCCCUCCUUAUGCCACCUCUUCAUCCUUUUGUUAGUUUGGGGAAGUGACAGCCGUAGGAGAGGGAAAUGCCAGUCACAUGCAGGAAUUAAGUUGGCUUUGGAGAAAGGGAGUAAAACUAACAUUUACUGAGUGACCCCCACGUGCACUCCACAGUCUCUUGGGUGCUGAAUUUAUUUGUCCACUUUGCAGCAUUUCUACAAGGCAUGUCAGCUUAGACAGGACCUUCCCUCCAUCCCGCCGGCCUAGACAUCAUAACAUUGAGAACGACUGAGACCAUUGUUUGUGUCUGAACCUUACUAUGUCUUUGUUAGGCUUGAGCAAGAAGCUCUUGGGGCAAAACCUGUGUGUCUAGAGGGUUACAAACUCCAAAACCUAUGGAGUAUGAGCGCAAGAGCAGACACGACCGGCUUCCAGGCCAACCACCCACGCAAAAGCAAAGGUGGUUUGGUGGGUGACACGGGGGCUACCAGGGUUGAACCGAGACCAACACCCAGCCAUCUGGCAGUCAGGGCUAGAGCCACAUCUCCUGGGUCUCAGAGCGGUUUGGAGGUGAUGAUACGGAACCUACCAGACCUCUUUGGGUGCAAUUCUGUGGUCAGGAGAACAUGUGCCCUGACGGGUCCCAGAGGAGUAGGAGGAAAUGAGGAUUUCUUACAAUCUCCGGGGGAGGCAGGGGCCCUGGUCUUCUGCACAUCCUCAAAUCGGCACCCCUCUCCUAGGGACAGGGGGACUGUACUCUGCUUUUGACAUAAGGGGGAGGUCAAACUGGGCCAUCUAUGUGUUCUAAGACUAGGGGAGCUACAUGGUACUGAGGGAGCACAGACCCGCCUUGCUUGGGGGAGUCACAGAUUCACAGUCAGGUCUCGGACACACAGCCACCUGUCGUAUCAGGUGAGCAUCAGCCUGCCUGGGGAAAGCGGCGCCUGGGACCCUCCUGGUGUGGGACCAAGAAAGUUCCUGUCUGACUCAAUAUGUACUAUUGGUUGUUCUUUGCUUACAGUAUGCUUGUUACUCAUUAGUGUCCUGAUGAUCUCGGACUCUCCUUCUGACCAGUUGCUGUGUUCACUCAACUCACAUAUACUCAUGCAUUUUUUUUUCCAGAGCCAAUAUAUGUAUGCGUAUAUAAACAUGGCACUGUUUACUGCAUAGCUCAGCACAUUGCAAAGUUUGUAUUAAAAAAAAUACUAAAGGUGGAAAGAUGUCACAUUGAAUAAAAAAUUCCCAAGUUGGUUCUAGCAAAGAACCCAGUUACCCCACCGUUGAAGAACCUCAUGAGAUUCUUACUUGGUCUUUAAUUUGGGAAACCACAAGUAUUGUUUUAUAUCAAAUAAAAAUGAUGCUGAUAAGUGUUUGAACCUUAAAAUAAAAGUCUACUAGUUUACAUACCUACUUAAGAGGACAUGGAAAUCCCCAUGGACCUGCACUUCAGGGACUAAUGGAAAUUAGGCUUGGCCUAAAGUACAUCAGAUCUUUUGUAAGAAAGAAUUUCAAUAAAGCUUAAAAUAUGUCACUGAAAA